AAAUAAAUAUAAAUGAAAAGUUGUUAGGAUCUUAAUCCUUCCUUCCCCAGCGAGCGAGUGAGUGCAGUUCCAAUGUGAUGUGAUGGGUUAUUUUAUCAGUGUCAAUUAAACGGAGAAUUUCCAAAGUUAUUACUUACUUUACUCCUAUCAAAUGAUCUCAAAAGUAUUGGAGAAGUGUAUUUGGCCGUAAUUUUAAACUAAAUACAUAAUUUUAAGGAGUACUAGUAUUUUAGUGUUUCAAAUCAGAAAGUAGUAAAAACAAAGAUGGCAGUAACAUGGGUAUUUGGGUACGGUUCUUUGAUCUCAAAAGCUGGGUUUCACUUCGAUGAACGUGUUAUCGGUUUCAUCAAAGACUAUCGACGUGUCUUCUACCAAGGCUCUACUGACCAUAGAGGAACCCCUGAUUUUCCUGGAAGAACUGUCACAUUGGAACCUGCUCAAGGAGAAAUUUGUUGGGGAGCUGCUUACAAGAUCUCAAAGAAAGAAGAUCAAGAAGUUGCAUUAACGUAUCUGGAAGUGAGGGAGAAGCAAUAUGACCGGAAGGAAUAUGUCGAUGUUUUCACUGAACUUACUGCUACAACGCCAGCCAUUUCUGGGGCAUUGGUAUAUAUUGCAUCCCCAGAUAAGAAAGUUAAUGUAAAUUAUUUAGGCCCUGCAUCUGUUGAAGAUAUUGCAAGGCAAAUAGUUAAAGCUGAAGGUCCAACAGGACCUAAUAGAGAGUACCUUUUCCUACUUGAAAAUGCUCUCCUUCAAAUAGGAUCCAAAGACAAGCAUGUUAUUGAUCUUGCAAACGAAGUCAGGCGUAUUAUUUCAGAAGAACAAUGAAUUCUGUGCUAUCAGCACCAGACAUUCUGAGACUUUUUGAGCAAGCCCUUUUAUUAGAAUUCAUUGGAAACUUCAAUUCUUUCCAGAAUGUUAUUGGGAGACGAUAUUUAUCUUUAGUUAUACUUAUAAUCUUCUGAUGUACUAUCUUGUUUCUGUCUUGGCUAUGGGAAGCUGAGUAGAACUGGAACCAACCAUUGCAAUUGUAGAACACAAUUACAAUGCAUAUAGAACAUAAAUUUUCCAAAAGCGUACUUCCAAAAAGUACAAAGUUAGUUAUUUUUUCGGAUGUGGCUCAUGUUGGAAGGUGGGAGAAAAACGAUACUAAGAGAUAUUAUUAUGUUGAAUGCUUUCACUAGUCUCUCUACAAA